AUGGUUCCCAACCCGCCGUCCGCCGGCCCACCCGCCGUCCGCCCGCCGGCCCACCCGCCGUCCGCCCGCCGGCCCACCCGCCGUCCGCCCGCCGGCCCACCCGCCGUCCGCCCGCCGGCCCACCCGCCGUCCGCCCGCCGGCCCACCCGCCGUCCGCCCGCCGGCCCACCCGCCGUCCGCCCGCCGGCCCACCCGCCGUCCGCCCGCCGGCCCACCCGCCGUCCGCCGGCCCACCCGCCGUCCGCCCGCCGGCCCACCCGCCGUCCGCCCGCCGGCCCACCCGCCGUCCGCCGGCCCACCUGCCGUCCGCGAGUUAUGUUCACAAUUUCAAGAGACGCGGCAUAA